GUCCAGCAUGCGCAAUCUGGUGACCAACACUUUGGCAUCCUUCACAGAGUCUGCUAUGUGCGUCAACCGUCUGUGCUUCUGCGCUCCAGUGCACUUCCGAAAGGCAUCCUUGUACGAGACGUCUCUUGUGAAGAGGCUGAAUGUCCAGGACCGUCUGACUAGGUCCCUUGCAAGGGACCGCACUGUCUGUUCCACGGCAGGGCUGGAGGUGCAAACAAAGUCAUCGCAAUAGUCACUCUUCAGCCCCUCGAUCUGCAAGUUUUCCUCUUCCUCCACCUGUUUUGUUUCUAAUAUGGCAGACACCCUGACUCUUCCACGUCCCUUUCCCUUUGGUGAAAAGUGCUGGGAAGAUCUGAAGGCGAAAGGACGCAGGUGAAGCGAUCGCCUCAGAACUUGGCUAGUGCAUUGAUGAGACACCUGCUGAUUGGUUAUUGUGUUGCAGCUGCAACGAGAAGCUGACAUUACUCAGUGCCUUCACCCAAAUGCAGAAGCACUGACCUUUCGUACGAUGGGCACUGAAACUUGCAACACGCUCGGAGGAUCAACACUUCGGAGAUAGAGAAUAGCUUAUAAUCUUGCAACGAAGCC